AUAAUGUCAGAAAAUCAACAAAAUGAUACCAAAUGCUUAACUCAUCCCCACCAGGAUAUAAUUUCAAUAUGCUCAACUUGUCCAAAUAACACUCCUGUCUGUGUUAAAUGUAUCACCAAUUUUCAUAAUGGUCACCGUAUAAAUAAAUUAAAUGAUUUAAAUUUAAGAAAUCAAAUAAAACAAUAUUUUAAAAAUCAAACAAUACCAAAACUAAACAACUAUAUAGAAAAUAAUAAAAAAAUAUUGGAUGAAUUAAACAAUCACUUUAAACAAAUUAAAGAAAACCAUACAAAGAAUUUAGAUAAAACAGCUGAUAGAAUUAAAGAAUUAAAAAAGAUUAUCAAUGCAAAAGAAAAUGAUGUCAAAAGAUUAUUAUUAACUAAAUUAGAUGAAAAUACAGAAGUAAAUAAUAUAAUAACAACAACAAUAGAAAACAAAAAUAAUAUAGUUUAUAAUGCUAUUAAAUAUAAUAAUGAUGAUAAUAAUAAUAAUAACAAUAAUAUUGAUGAUAAUAAUAAUAAUAAUAUAAAUGAAUUUAUUGAACUUUUAAAACACAGUCAUCAAUGUAACAAUCUUUUAUCAAAUAUAAAUAAUAAUAACUUACCAGAAUAUAUAGAUACUCAGUUAAUAAUUAAAGAAAAUAAUCUCGACUCAAUCAAGGAUCUAACAAACAGCUAUUUAGAAGUAGAUGAUGGAAUUCCUUUAUAUCAACUAAUUUCUGAUUCAAUUCCAGAAACAGUUAAAGAUUUAUUUUUACUAGAUGGUUUUGAUCAACCACUUAAUUUCAUACCACCCACUGUAAAAUGCUUGAAUUUACAAAACAUCAAGUAUCAAUUAACACCUGUUUCAAUUCCAAAAACAGUUACAUAUUUAUCUUUACUAGAUGGCUUUAAUCAAUCACUUAAAUUUAUACCACGCACCGUAAAAUGGUUGAAUUUACAUAAUAUCAAAUAUCAACUAAUAACUGGUUCAAUUCCAAAUCAUUUCACUAUUCUUGAAUUUUCUAAUGGCUUCUCUCAAACUUUUACAAAAGGUAUUAUCCCUGGCUCUAUAGAUUUUAUUAUUAUAGGCAAUGUGUAUCAAUUAACACUUGAUUCAAUUCCAGCAACAGUUAAACAUUUAUAUUUAUUUGAUGGCUUUAAUCAACCACUUAAUUUUAUACCACCCACCGUAGAAUGCUUGUAUUUAUAUAACAUCAAGUAUCAAUUAACACAAGAUUCAAUUCCAGCAACAGUUACACAUUUAUUUUUACAAGAUGGCUUUAAUCAACCACUUAAUUUUAUACCACCCACCGUACAAAGGUUGUAUUUAGAUAACAUCAAGUAUCAAUUAACACCUGAUUCAAUUCCAGCAACAGUUACAGAUUUAUUAUUACUUAAUGACUUUAAUCAAUCACUUGAUUUUAUACCACCCACCGUACAAUGCUUGUGUUUAGAAAACAUCAAGUAUCAAUUAACACAAGAUUCAAUUCCAGCAACAGUUACACAUUUAUAUUUACUUAAUGGCUUUAAUCAACCACUUAAUUUUAUACUACCCACAGUAAAAUUCUUGUAUUUACAUGACAUCAAGUAUCAAUUAACACCUGAUUCAAUUCCAGCAACAGUUAUACAUUUAUAUUUACUUGAUGAUUUUAAUCAACCACUUAAUUUUAUACCACCCACCGUACAAUUCUUGUAUUUACAAAACAUCAAGUAUCAAAUAACACCUGAUUCAAUUCCAGCAACAGCAAAAGUUACAGAUUUAUAUUUACUUGAUGAUUUUAAUCAACCAUUUAAUUUUAUACCACCCACCGUACAAUUCUUGUGUUUAGAUAACAUCAAGUAUCAAUUAACACCUGAUUCAAUUCCAGCAACAGUUAUACAUUUAUUUUUACAAGAUGGCUUUAAUCAACCACUUAAUUUUAUACCACCCACCGUACAAUAUUUGUAUUUAGAUAACAUCAAGUAUCAAUUAACACCUGAUUCAAUUCCAGCAGCAAUUACACAUUUAUAUUUACUUAAUGGCUUUAAUCAAUCACUUAAUAUUAUACCACCCACCGUACAAACGUUGUAUUUAGGUAACAUCAAGUAUCAAUUAAUACCUGGUUCUAUUCCAAAU